CACACGCACUCGCAUACACAUACACAACUUGGAGCGGCUGAGCCCGGGCUCUGCAAAUGCCUCUCGGAAGAGCAGCUUCAGGGAGAAAGAACAGAAGGCAGUGCCCACGCCGCCGUGUUUCUCCUGCCCCUCCGCCCCCAGCAGCUAAUCUCCCCACCCCUGCCCGCCUCCCCAAGAGCCGGGGCAGAAGGGGAUGGUAAGAAUAGCUCCGGAAAGCCGCAGACGCCCCCCGCCCUGAAGCCCGUCGGGUGCCCGCGUCCCGCCUCGCCUUCCAGGCUUUCCCCGCAGCGCACCGGAGCCCUCGCCUUCCCUGACGGCUCCCGCCCGUUUCUCCGCCGACGGCUCCCGCCCGUUUCUCCGCCAGCGGCUCUCCGAGACAGCCCUCGAGCAAGCGCUGACCUGAGCCCUCUCUUCUCCUUGCUACGGCGCACUAAAGGGGCCCCGCUCUCCUCUUCCCUGGUGUCGGGGUCUACCCAAGCUUCCCCGGCUCCAGCGCGCGAGCCCGCAGCCCGCCCCGCUGCCCUUGCCCUCCAAAGCGGGCGCCUCCCGGACCGCCCCUGAGGAACAGCCCAACGCUCCCGGAGGGCAGCACCGCGGCAGGAGGAUGGCCCGACUCCGGUGCCUACUCUACCUGUGGUUCGGCUGGAGCUGCGCUAGCGCGGGGCGCUGGGAGCGCUCUCAGCAGCCCCCGCAGGGGCCCCCCGGGGCGGCCCCGGUACAGCCUGCCCGAGGCGCCGGCAGGAGCCCCACACCAGACAGAGAGCCUAGGGAUCAGGUGGCCGAGCAUAUGCUGCGCCUCUAUGACAAAUACAGCGGAGGGGGUCCUCCCCUGCCCGGGGCGCCCCGCAAGCCCAGACACCCUCGCCACGUAUCCCUCCCGGAGGGCAACACGGUUCGCAGCUUCCGAGCCCGGGGAGCAGGGACCCUGGAAAACAAAGAACUACAUAUUUUUAACCUGACUUCGCUAACCAAGUCUGAAAGUAUUUUGUCUGCAACCUUGCAUUUCUCCACUGGAGAACUAAUAAACAUUAGUUUGAGCUGCAUAUCUCCCAGAGGUUGUUCUCAUCAUGGAUACAGGAAACAAAUACAGAUUGCCCUGUCUGCCUGGAGCCUUACACCAGAUGGGAACCAAAGUCGGUUCCUGGGUCAUAUUUUGAUAAAUGUAUCUAAACUUCACAGAGAUGUAUUGGCCUGGCAAUCCAAAGAUGUCACUGAAAUCCUGACCAAAGCAAAAGAAAAUGGUGAGUUUUUCAUAGGUAUCAAGAUCACUUUUGAGGGACACUCCCUUUCAAAGGGAAUGCCACCCAACUCUGAGCCUUAUAUCUUAGUUUAUGCCAAUGAUUCAUCCAUUUCUGAAUCAGAAAGUGUGGUAUCAAGUCUCCAGGGACAUUGGAACUUUCCCACCGGAGCCCUGGCCAAGCUGAACAGCCACAUGAGGACUGCUCUGUCCAGGAAACGGAGGAAGAAGCGCUCCAUCAGCAGCCCCCUGCUUCCCCUCCAGAACAAUGAGCUUCCAGGCACAGAAUACCAGUAUAAGGAGAAUGAAGGCUGGGAGAAGAGGAAGCCUUAUAAGACUCUCCAGAUACAACCAGCUGAGAAGAAUAAAAGCAAAAAGAAGCAGAGAAAGGGCCCACACCAGAAAAGUGAGACACUGCAAUUUGAUGAGCAGACCUUGAAGAAGGCAAGGAGGAAACAAUGGAUUGAACCCCGGAACUGUGCCAGGCGAUACCUCAAAGUGGAUUUUGCAGAUAUUGGUUGGAGUGAGUGGAUUAUCUCCCCAAAGUCCUUUGAUGCAUAUUAUUGUUCAGGAGCAUGUCAGUUUCCCAUGCCAAAGUCUCUGAAGCCUUCCAAUCAUGCUACCAUCCAGAGUAUAGUGAGAGCUGUGGGUGUCAUCCCAGGGAUCCCCGAGCCCUGCUGUGUGCCAGAAAAAAUGUCUUCUCUCAGUAUCUUAUUCUUUGAUGAAAAUAAGAACGUGGUACUAAAAGUGUAUCCUAACAUGACAGUGGAGUCUUGUGCUUGUAGAUAACCUCUUCUAGGGAUUUUUUGAAUGCUUAACUCAGUUAAUUGUGGACUUUUUUUGCACUGCCAAUGCAUUUCAUUCCAAAAUAAUUUUGUAAAGAAAAAAUAGAGAAGAAAGAGAGAGGAGAGAGGAGAGAGAGAGAGAGAGAGAGAGAGAGAGAGAGAGAGAGAGAGAGAGAGAUUUUGAAGAUUUCCAACUAGAGAACUGGAACUCAGAUUGCCUUUGAAUGUGACUGAAAAUAAGAAUUUCCCUAUUGUAAAUCUAUAUCUCUAUUGUGAAUUGCAAAAUAACUGAUUUUAAUUGUUAAGAAGAUGUCAACUAAUUUUUGUAAAGGUAAUUUGAAAGUAGAACUACACAAAAAGUCAUAGCUUGCCAUUCCCUUAUUUCUACUUCUUUGGUGACCAAAGGCAAUUGAGAACAUUUUUGUCUGUUGAAUACACUCCUGCCUUACACAGAUUUUGAGAUUAUUCAGUAAGUAUUAUUCCAAUAUUCCAAUUGAGUCUGACUUACCCUAAAAGCUUUUUGGAAUCCAGUUCAUACAUAGGCUACUAUAUGGAUAAAUUGGAGGUAUAUGUAUCUGAUUGUACAUGUGUUCAUAUGUGAGCCUAUGAGCCCAUGUUCCUGAUCCUGUGAAGAAAUGCUUAUUUAACAUGUUCAGUCUACUCAAUUCUCACACAAUUAUAGCCUUUUGUAUGCUGGCAACUAUUAUCCAAUCAUUGGUAAAAA